GGUCACGUUAGUUAGGCGAUGAUUGCGUUCGUAAGCGGGCGUCGAUGAGCGUAACUAGAAAACCGCAUUGCAAAACAACACAGACACGCACCACGGACGGACACUCUGGUCGCGCGCGCGGCAUUCGUUAAGUAAUCGCCGCUAUCUGAAAGGGUUCACUUGUUUUGCGUUACCACACAGCCGCAUCGAGAUGAAGCUGACACCGAAAGGGCUCGGCAGCUUCGCCAAGAUGCUCGACUUCUACUCGCAAUUCAAUCCGUCGCCGCUGUCCAUCAAGAAGUUUAUCGAUUUCGGAUUAAGCGCAUCCGAACAAAAAUCAUUCAUAUUCCUCCGAAAGGAAUUACCAGUACGCCUAGCUAAUAUAAUGAAAGAAAUCGCCUUGUUACCCGAACAUCUUCUCCGAAUGCCAUCAGUAGUGGCAGUCAACGACUGGUAUAUUCGCAGUUUCGAGGAGAUAAUUGAAUUCGAGAAGGCCGAAAUCAACAGCAAGACUUUGGAGCACUUUUGCGAUAGUCUGGUGAUGAUCCGUAAUCGUCACGCAGAUGUCGUGGAAACAAUGGCGCAGGGUGUGCUUGAACUCAAAGAAUCGCACGAUAUUGACCACCAUACUGAGCACAGCAUACAAUACUUCCUGGAUAGAUUCUAUAUGUCACGUAUAUCGAUUCGUAUGCUUAUCAAUCAACACACGUUAUUAUUUGGUGGACAAUUGGAAAACGCGCCGGGACCAAACCGCAGCAAAUACAUCGGUUGCAUCGACCCGAAUUGUGAUAUCGUCAGUGUGAUCAAGGACGCGUACGAAAACGCGCGCUUCCUCUGCGACCGUUAUUAUCUCGCCUCGCCUGAACUCAUCGUCCAGGAGUCGCAGCAUAACGCACUUAAACAGGAAGCCGAUGUGCGUAUGGUCUAUGUGCCAUCACAUCUCUACCACAUGCUUUUCGAGCUGUUCAAGAACUCGAUGCGUGCUGUCAUGGAGUAUCAUGGUUCAAUUGAACAUUAUCCACCUAUAACGGUCACCAUCGCCAAGGGAAAAGAAGAUAUUUGUCUUAAGAUGUCUGACAAAGGAGGUGGGAUAGCACGAAGCACAACGGAGCACCUCUUCAAGUAUAUGUAUUCAACAGCCCCGCAGCCGAGUAAAUCCGACUCGCAUACUGUUCCCCUAGCUGGUUAUGGCUACGGCCUUCCUAUUUCACGCCUAUAUGCACGUUACUUCCACGGAGAUUUAGUACUUUUAUCCUGUGAAGGUGACGGCACCGACGCUGUAAUCUAUAUGAAAGCGUUGUCUAAUGAGGCGAAUGAAUUGUUGCCUAUUUUCAACAAGACAACGUCCAAGUUCUACCGCACUUUGGUGCAAACAGGUGAUUGGAGUAAUCAGGCGACUAGUCUCACAAGUAGACAGAUGCCGACGAAUGUGCGCCGCCAUCAGCUGCCCACCGAGAGCCCAGUGCAGGAGACGAUGACGGGCGCCGGCGGCAUUUAGCGCGACGACUGAUCGCCCACCCUUGGGGGCGAAGUAACUCUUAAGAAUCAAAACACAAGUAGCAGCGUGCGGGCGCGAUGUGAUGACGAUGUAUAAAUUUAAUAUGAAUUCGACUGUGAAGAUUUUAUCAGGUUAUAUUCGUUGAAUAUGUGCGUUAUAUUAUGAUAUGUAUACAAUAUUUUCAAAUGCGCUGCGGGAGCGCGCGCCGAUUGUUGUUUAUAAGAGGAAAUUGAGUAAAAGAAUAUUUAUGUUUA